UUAUUUGUGACCCUCAUUUGGGUUCACCACAGUUAAAUUUGAAAGGGAAAUGUGGAAUGGAUUUUAUUUGGAGGACAUCUGCAGCAUGUAAUUCCUUAAAUAAAGUUAAAGAAGUUCCUUGUUAUGUUUAUGAUAAAGAUGGAAAUAAGAGAGACUUAACACAUCUUAUACAGUCAAAAGGGCAUUAUUCAGUAGAAUCUGCUUAUCCAUCAGUUGAAUUCUACAUUAAUGUUUGUUCUGAAAUAAUAGAUGAUGAAGCACCUGAAGGCAGUGCUGCUUAUCAGAAGAUUGGCAAUGAAAAAAUUACUGUUGGAAAGCUAGAUUCUGGAGUAUAUUUAGAUGGUAAUGAUUUGAAGUUAGUAUAUAAUGCUAAUUCCUCAAGCCUACCUUCUGGUUGUACUAAGGACUAUCGUGUAGUUAUUACUUUUAAGUGUCCUCCAAGAGGAAAGAGUCGCAAUCCAAGGAUCGUAUUUAUUGCAAACUGUCAGUAUGAUAUUGAAUGGGAAACAGAAUAUGCUUGUUCAGAAAAAAUCUUAAUAGGAAACUUUUCAAAAUGUACAUUUACUAGCAUGACUCAUAAAAUUGAAUUGGAUCUUAGUCCUUUAAAGAAAAUAUCAGAUUAUUAUUAUAUAAAAAGUAAUGAAACUGCAUUUGCAUUGAAUGUUUGUGGUGGUAUUGGAUCAAGCAUUUCAUGUAAUAAUCGAACGUGGAAAAGUUAUUCUGUUUGCAUGUUUGAUUCAAAGAAUAACUCUGAAAUUAUAGGAACAACAAGAGAUGCAGAAUUAAGAUUUGUUGAUGGGCAGAUCACCUUGACAUAUCCCACUCUUAAUAAUUGUAGUAAUACAGGAACUACCAAAUUAAGUGUAAUUGAAUUUGAAUGUGAUGAAGAAGCAGAUGAUAAUGGUGUUGGUAAGCCCAUAUUUUAUAUGGAAAAUAACUGCAAGUACAUUUUCAAAUGGAAGACAAAAUAUGCAUGUUUAACACAUCCAUAUAAUAAUAAUUGUUAUAUUAAUGAUGGAAAUGUCCAAAUAGAUCUAGGAGUUUUGACAAAGAAAAAUGGACCUUGGAAUGUAGUUAAUACUUUAGAUAAAGGAAAAAGUAGUUUUCUUCUAAAUGUAUGUUCUGAGAUACCGAGUUUUAAUAAUAGCUGUGAACCUGGAUCUGCUAUUUGUAAAAUAGUUUUAGAUGAUAAUGGUGUUGGUAAGCCCAUAUUUUAUAUGGAAAAUAACUGCAAGUACAUUUUCAAAUGGAAGACAAAAUAUGCAUGUUUAACACAUCCAUAUAAUAAUAAUUGUUAUAUUAAUGAUGGAAAUGUCCAAAUAGAUCUAGGAGUUUUGACAAAGAAAAAUGGACCUUGGAAUGUAGUUAAUACUUUAGAUAAAGGAAAAAGUAGUUUUCUUCUAAAUGUAUGUUCUGAGAUACCGAGUUUUAAUAAUAGCUGUGAACCUGGAUCUGCUAUUUGUAAAAUAGAUGAAAAUGGUAAAGCCAUCUCUCUUGGAAAAUCUGUUUCACCUCCUAAAUACAACAAAAAAUUUAAAACAGUAGAGUUAAUAUAUGAAAAUGGACAAUUAUGUGAAGGAGGACAUUAUUCAACUCGCAUCACUCUCUACUGUAAACCUGGUAUGUUAGACAGUUCACCAGUUUUAAAAACAGUAACUAAUAAAAGCUGCUUAUAUGAAAUUGAAUGGCAUACUGCUGCUGCUUGUCCAUUAAAAGUCAAGAAAGGAAAAGAUUGUAAAGUAUUUGAUGAUGAUUUAGGAUUUACAGUAGAUUUGAAUCCACUAAAAUCAGAUAAGAAUUAUGAAAUAAAAACAGAUAAAUAUACAUACUACUUGAAUGUUUGUGGUCCAGUUAAAGGAACAAAAUGUGAUGAAAAUGAAGGAAAAUCUCAAGCUGCUGCUUGUCAAGAAGAAUCAAAUGGAAGAUUUUGGAAGUUAGGUGAACCUAAUUCUGAAUUAUUCUAUGUUGAUGGCAUGAUAAAUCUAACAUAUGCUCAUGGAUCUCCUUAUAAUGAUGAAAAUAAAACACCUCGUUUAACUUCAGUUACUUUCCUUUGUGAUCAUAAUGCUGGGAUUGGUAAACCAGAAUUUAUUAAAGAGAUAAACCAAGCAUAUUCUUUUCAAUGGAAGACCAGUUAUGCAUGUCCAACUAGUAAUGUGGCAAACUGUUUAUUAAAAAAUCCUAAAAAUGGAGUUCUCUAUGAUUUCUCCAGACUGACUAAAACUGUUCAAGAAGGUAACUGGAUAGUAAAUCAAAAUACUAAUGGGAAAAAAAGAAAAUUUUAUUUAAAUGUUUGCCAGCCAUUAAAUCCUGUUAUAGAAUCAUGUUCAUCUGAUUCAUUUGCUUGUGUAAUAGAAACAAAUGAAGAGGGAGAUACAUCUGUCCAUAACUUAGGGAACAAGAUGACAGAACUAGAAUUUAAAAAUCAAGGGCAUUUAACAGUGAAAUAUACUUCUGGUGAUCCUUGUACAUCAUUUGGUAAAGCAGAUAAUUAUACAACAACAAUUCAUUUCUUAUGUGAUCAAAGGGUAGAAGAAUUAAGAUUCUUAAAUUUGUUGGGAAAUUGUGAAUACAUGUUUUUGUGGUCAACAGAAGCCGCUUGUGGUGUAAAAUCUGAAAUAUCUAAAAAUAAAUGCACCAUCGUUGAUCCAUUAACUGAAUAUACAUUAGAUUUACAAUCUUUAAAGAGUGAUCAUGGUUACAGUGUUACUGCUGAUUCUCGUACUUUUAAGUUAAAUAUAUGUGGAACUGCUGAUGGAUGCACAUUUGAAGGAAAAAAUGUAUCUGUUUGUGAAUUAAAUGAAGGAAAACCUCAUAAUAUUCUUGGAUUACUAAAUGAUUACUAUUUGGAAUUGUCUGAUGAUGAAAUUAUAACACUUGUUUAUGAAGGAAUUUUUAAUCAAGCAACAGGCAUUGUAUCAAAAGUUUAUGUUGAAUUACCAUGUAAACAAGGAGUAAGACAGAAGGAAAUUAAAUUUAUUCGUCAAGACGGCAAUGCUUACUUUUUUGAAUUAGAAACUUCACUUUCAUGUUUUCCUAAUCACAUUGAUUGCUCAUUUAGUGAUUCUUUUGGUAAUAGUUAUGAUUUAAAAUCUCUACUUAGAUGGAAAAAUGACAAUUGGGAAGCUGUAGACAUUCAUUCAAAUGAUAAAUAUCAUAUAAACUUUUGUAAACCAUUGAAUCCAACAUCAUUUUAUACAUGUCCAGCUGGAGAAGUUAUGUCAUGUCAAACAUCCCAUGAUGGAAAGGAAGGCUUCAGUUUAGGAUACAUUCAAGAGAAACCAAUUGUACAUUCUCAAGGAAUUAUUACUUUGAAAUAUAAAGGUGGCACACUCUGUGAUGAAGGACAGUUUAAUCGUAGCACAAGAAUAAAUCUCAAAUGUUCAACUGUGCAGAAAGAUUUGGUUUUUGUGGGAAAAACAGUAGAUUGUGUGUACAUUUUUUCUAUGGAUACACCUGCUGCAUGUCCAAUUAAGAAUGUAGAUGGCUUCCACUGUGCUGUUAAAAUACCAAAGUAUGAAUACACUAUAGAUUUAUCUUCAUUACAUCAAGAAAUUGGAGAAUAUCGUGUUAAGCAUAAAGAAUAUGAAUAUAUUCUUAAUGUGUGUGGUGAAAUAAAAAAUGCCUCUGGAAAAUGUAAAGGAGCUGCAGUUUGUCAGACAAAACUUUCAGAUACUGAUUUUGCUAUUAAUGCAGGAAUGCCAAAUUCUAACUUGCUUUAUGAUGAUGGGGUUGUUCAAUUGAUAUAUGAAUCUGGAAAAGGAAAUUGCCAUCGUAAAUAUAAUAGGUCAACAGUAAUUAUUUUUACAUGUGACAGCUCUACAAAUGGUGCAAAAGGGCCAAUAUUUUUAGAAGAAAAAGAAGACUGUACUUAUGUGUUUGAAUGGCCAACUUCUCUCGUAUGUUUACCUUAUUCACUUCACCAAUGUAGUGUUGAUGAUGGAGACUUCCAUUAUGAUCUCAGUCCACUAUCAUUACCUGAUGAUAAUUAUAUGAUAAGUCAUGGACAGAAUUUAGUAUUUGUCAUUAAUGUCUGUAGAUCUAUAGUGACAAAAAGUGGAAUACAAUGUUCAUCAUCUGGUGCUUGUGUAAUUGAUUAUUCAGACUUUACAAAACAUUCUAAAACAAAUGAAACUUCAAUAGGAAAAGCUAGUUCUCCUUAUAUUGAAAAUGGUAAAUUGAAAUUACGUUAUAUGCAAGGUAACCAAUGUAAACUUUUUUCUGGUGAAGAAACAAAUAUGGAAACAGUCAUUGAAUUUGAAUGUGAAAAAAAGAAUUUGGAUAGUGAACCACAAUUUAUUGGAAUGGAAAAUUGUACAUACUACUUCUCUUGGUCAACAGCAUAUGCUUGUCCUGUUGAAGAUAAGGAUGAUUCAGAAAACUGUGUUGUAGAAAAUCCUACUACAGGUUUUAAAUAUAAUUUAUCAUCAUUAAAGAAAGUUGGGUCAUAUGAAGUUAUGACUUCAAAUUCAGAACAUAAGUAUUAUCUCAAUGUAUGUGGUGCUAUAAAAAAUAGUACUUGUGGACCAAAUGUUGGAUCUUGUCAAGAAGAUGAAGAAAGUAAUAAAAGAUGGAAUGCAGGCCUAGCAAAUUCUAAAUUAAAUUUUCAUGAAGGAGUAUUGACUUUAAAUUAUAGUGGUGGGGAUAUUUGUCAUGGAAAGUAUUCACGUCAUACUAUAAUAGAAUUCAAGUGUGGUAGUGGAGAAGGAAAGCCCAUGUUUCAGUUUGAAUCUGAAGAUUGUACUUAUUAUUUUAUUUGGUCAACAUCAUUAGCUUGUGAAAACAAAAAACAUUGCAUAAUUUCAAAUGGUUCAGAGUCAUAUGAUUUAACACCAUUAAGCAAGUCAACUUAUACUGUAAAUGAUUUAACGGGUAAAAAUGAUUUAUAUUAUUUAAGUGUAUGUGAUUCAGUCAACAUAAAUGGAAUAGGUUGUCCUCCAGAUGCUGGAAUUUGCAAAAUUAAUAAAGUCAAUAAAUCAGCUACAAGUCUUGGAAUUCCAACAUCACCAAUGAUUGAUUUUGAAGGCUAUGUAACAAUACUUUAUCCAUUUGGAUCAUUGUGUGAAAAUGGGAAGAAAAAACUGACAUCAAGAAUUAAAUUUAUUUGCGAUACUUCAACAGAAAUGGGUGAACCUGAACUGAUAACUUCUGAAGAAGAUUGCCAUUAUGAAUUUGAAUGGAAAACUAAUCUUGUGUGUCCAAAAAGUAAUAUUACUGAAAAUCCUUCAGUUAUUAAUUGUGUUUACAGAGAUGCUAACAAAGGGAUUGACAUUGAUCUUUCACCAUUAAGAAAAGUUAAUUCUUCAUAUGUGGUGAAAAGUAAACGUAAUACAUAUUUACUGAAUAUCUGUGGAUCAGUUAAUUCAUCAAAAUCAGGUUGUUCUUCUGCUGCUGUUUGUCGCCAAGUUCAACAUAUAACUGAGAAUGAAAAUUUUGGUUCUGUAAAUAGUGCCAGUCUUUCAUAUAAUGCUGAAACAUUGACAUUGAAUUACGCUGAAGGAGGUAGUUGUAUUAUGAGUUCAUCUAGAAAACGAUUUACAAACAUCUUAUUUUCCUGUAAUCCAAAAGCUGGAACUGGAGAACCAAAAGUCUUGAAGGAAACAGCAUGUUUUGCAGUUUUUAAAUGGGAGACAAAUUUAGUUUGUAGAAGUUAUCAAAGGCCAUGUUCUUUUAAUGCACAAGGUCAACACUAUGAUUUUCAGUUAUUAUCAAGUUUAAGCCAUGACUGGAAUACAACAGAUAGUGAAGGAAAUAUAUACUGGUUGAAUUUGUGUAGAGAAACUAAGAUUAAUAAAGAUUACUUAACUUGCCAAAAUUCACCUGUAUGUAGAAAGGAUACUAAGGGUAAUGUUGCUUCUUUAGGAAAGUCACAGUCUCAAGAAUUUCAUAUUGAUAGUAAUCAUAAUAUUCUUCUAAGCUAUGCAGAUGGAAGUGAUUCAGUCUGCCCACGUAAAAAUACAUAUGCAAAAACAAAUAUCAAAUUCAUUUGUGGUAAUACAUUGAGUACUCCAAAAUAUACAUCAGGUCCUAAUGAUGAAUGUGUGUUUGAAUUUUUAUGGAAAACUAGAAUUGCAUGUGCAGAAGAAAACUUAUUUAUUUUUAAUUGUUUAGGUAAUCAUAAUAUUCUUCUAAGCUAUGCAGAUGGAAGUGAUUCAGUCUGCCCACGUAAAAAUACAUAUGCAAAAACAAAUAUCAAAUUCAUUUGUGGUAAUACAUUGAGUACUCCAAAAUAUACAUCAGGUCCUAAUGAUGAAUGUGUGUUUGAAUUUUUAUGGAAAACUAGAAUUGCAUGUGCAGAAGAAAAGAAAGAAGUUAGGUUAGAAAAAAAUGGUAUAAUAUAUGAACCAAGAUUAAACAUGAAUAUUGAUCUCUCUCCUCUACUAAACAAAACAUACUUUAUUGAAGGAAUUCAUCAUGAUGAAACGUACAUAUAUGUUAUUAAUAUACAGAAAGGAACCGGUGCAGUUACAUCAGAAGCAUGUCAGAAUGCAGCUGUAUGUCAAACAAAACAGCAAGAAAAGUUUUUUAGAGAUAUUGGAUCUUUAGCAACUAGAACAUUCUAUUUAAAAGGUACCGAGUUGCAAUUGGAAUUGACUUCAUUAGGAAGAAAGUGUGGUAAAAAUGAAAAUAAAAACGUUACUACAAUAAUAAAUUUUGUUUGUGUUGAAGAUGCUGGAGAGGGAAGACCACUGUUUUAUUAUGAAUCUGGAAAUUGUGAUUAUCUGUUUGAAUGGGAAACUGCAUUAGCUUGUGUAAAUAAUUUCAAAUCUGUCACUGAUUAUCAUUCAGCAUCAGAUGAAACUGAAAAAGUGUCAGCAUCAGUUACUGCACAUGUUAUUGUUGCAUUACUUUUCACCGGUAUCUUCCUAAGUCUAAUCAUUUUUAUUGUCUCGAAAGAAGAGAGAAGAUAUGCUGUGAAGCACAAAGUCUCAAGGAUUUUCUCAUAUAUAUCUUCUUCAAAAUGUUUCAGAAGGAAUGAUAGUGAAUCGUUACCGCUCUCCUCUUCUGUAAUUACUGCUUAUCACGACGAUAGCGACGUGGAGAUUCUGACAUGAGAUAUAAAAUAAGUUGUUGCAGUGGAAGUUGGUCACAAACAGUAUUACAUCUUACAGUGAUCAUCUUUGAUACACUAAAAUUAAAUUCUUGGAAGAUCAAUGUGCCUUUUCAUGGUUCAUGUUAAACUUUUAUUGUGAUACACACAAUAGGUGUUGGUUGAAAUUCACUAUUUUUUUUAAUGAAUCCAAGAAGAUCACUCAUUUUUCUGUGUACUUUCUUUGCAUCUAGUCCUAACGAACUAUUUUCUAAGAUUAAAUGUGCACCAGUUGAACAAACUUUUAUAUUACCAAAAACCUAAUUUGUGAUCCUGUUCAGCUGUUACACAGUUUAUAAAUAAUGCAAUGUUAUUUAUUUUAGCACUUUAAAUUAAAUUAUCGUUUUUGUAAAGGGAGGUUAUAUAAAUAUAUUUAAUUUGUUGAUACCAUAAGAUUAUGGAAAUGGUUUUUUAAUUUAAAAAAAAACAUUCAGUAAUUUUAAUGGGUGUUUUUUACAUUCCAUCUAAUGUACAUUUGAAAAAUAAAAA